AUGGCUCCUACCAUGUCAACAGAAGGAAAUAAUAUAAUUGGAAAAUUCUCCCAUUUGUUACUUUUUGCUGGAAUUAUAACUGCCUGUUACAUCACAUACAAAGUGAUAUAUAAUCUUUACUUCCAUCCACUUGCAAAAUUUCCUGGCCCAAGGCUAGCUGCAAUAACAGAUGGCUGGAUAUGUUGGCACAAUACUUCCGGAAAUUACCACAAGACUAUGAUCAGCUUGCAUCAAAAAUAUGGUCCAGUUGUCAGAUUUGCACCAAAUGAUUUAGACUUCGCAUCUCCUCAAGCAAAUCAAGACAUUCACGGCCAUGUCAAGCAAGGCAAAGCCCUAUUUCUCAAAGGGCAAGCUUACAAUACUGGUUCGGAAACCAACGUCGGCAUUGUUUCAGCAAGAGAUCCGGCUGUUCAUCGAGAAAUCCGAAAAUCUCUUGCUCAUGCGUUUAGUGCUAAAGCGCUUCGGCUACAAGAGGAAGUGGUGAUACAGUAUAUGGACUUGUUCGUUUCUCAGAUACAUCAACGUAAGGACGACGAGAAGGGGUUGAACUUGUCAAAAUGGUAUAAUUGGUUAACUUUUGACAUCAUUGGUGAUCUUGCCUUUGGGGAAUCAUUCGAUGCAGUCAAAUCUGGAGAAGGCCAUCCGUGGAUCAGUCUCAUUCUCAGCACCGUCCAUCUGAUGGCUAUCAUGGAAAUCUUUCGACGCUUCCCAUUUUUCAUGAACUCAUUUUUCAAAAAGAUUGCAACAUUUCUCAUGCCUAAAGGCUUGAAAGAAAAGAGCAAGGUACAUUUCCAAAAUUCAAUGCAAAAAGCAACUCAACGUAUGGAACGAGGAAACAAUGACCGAGACGAUUUCUUCUCUCAUCUACUACGCGAAAAAGAAAAUGGACCAAAGAUUACUCGCGAAUUUAUUCUAGCGCAAUCUAAUACGCUUAUUGUAGCCGGCUCGGAGACCACCGCCACUUUUCUUAUAGGAGUAACAUACUAUCUUCUUAACAGCCCCGAAACACUGCGACGUCUUAAAGAAGAGAUCCGCAAUGCAUUCACAUCUUCAAAUGAUAUUACAAGCGAUUCCACAGCAGCCCUUCCAUAUCUCGCAGCCGUAAUCGAAGAAGGUCUUCGCAUCUAUCCACCCGUACCAAUGGGUCUCCCACGCGAGUGUCCGGGCGCCAUGAUCGAUGGUCACUAUGUUCCCAAAGGCGCCGUCGUCUGCGUCUCCGGUUACGUUGCUACCCACAACGAAGAAUAUUUCGCCGAUGCCAAUGAAUUUCAUCCCGAGAGAUAUCUACCUUCUUCCCACCCAUUUUAUGAUCUUCGAUAUCAAAAUGAUAACAAAGAUGCGAGUAAACCCUUUUCUAUGGGUUCCAGAGCAUGUUUGGGAGUUAAUCUGGCGUAUAUGGAAAUGCGGGUGGUUUUGGCGAGAUUGGCUUGGGAAUUUGACUGGGAAUUGAAAAAUAAGGAGUUAGAUUGGGAGAGGGAUUCAAAAUUGGUGGUGCUUUGGAAAAAACCAGAGCUCAGGGUUGGAAUGACUCCAAACGAGCAAAUAGCUUCCUCGGAUCCCUCCCACGAUGUAGAGAAAGGUCCCUCAAGCGGUCUCCCAUCCCCUCAUGACCCUCUCGCUCUUUCGCCCUCGAUAUCCCCCACGCGCGAUAUUACAGAUUCUGCGAUCUCUCGCCCCCAAAACCGUUUCUUUACUUUCACUGCACGAAUUGAAAAUCUUCUUGGUCUGGAAGCGCGGGGUAUUCAUCGUGUACUCCCCGCUGAGCAAACUACCAAAUCUACUCUAUCGUUCCUACAAAUUGUCGUGCUAUGGUUUUCGAUCAACACUGCGCCGCAAAAUAUUACCUUAGCGAGCAUUGGGGCUAGUGUUUAUGGGCUGGGCUUUUUGGAUGCGACGCUUUGUAGUGUUUUCGGGGCAGUGGUGGGAAUUUUACCGGUGGCAUAUACGGCAGGUUGGGGGCCUUGGAGUGGAAAUAGAACAUUGAUAUGCGCUCGAUUCACAAUGGGAUGGUGGCCAGUAAAGAUCUGUGUGAUAUUGAAUGUGGUAAUCUUAUUAGGAUAUUCUAUGAUUGAUGCCGUAGUAGCUGGUCAGAUGUUGUCUGCUGUAUCACCAAAUGGUAGCCUUUCAGUGGAAGUCGGAAUAGUCGUUUCAGCUAUCUUGACUUUCUCGGUCACAACAUUCGGCAUCAAGAUAUUUCAUCACUACGAGAGAUUUGCCUGGAUUCCUCAAACAUUCGUUCUCCUGAUUUUAGCAGGAACUGCAGGACCGAAAUUUGACCUCCAUAGUAAACCUACAGUUGAAGGCGCAACGCUUGCCGGGAACCGACUUUCAUUCUUCUCCAUUUGUCUUAGCGCCGCAGUCACAUAUGCCCCUAUAGCAGCUGAUUUCUUCGUCUACUGCGAUCCAAAGAUUGCUUCUCGGUGGAAAGUUUUCGCAGCAACACUACUCGGUCUCUCUCUCUCCUUCACACUCACUUUUGUCAUAGGAGCCGGUCUCGCAUCUGGUAUCGCCAAUAACCCUUCUUGGGAAGCGGCAGGUGCAGGUACAGGUGCUCUUAUAGUAGCUGGUUUUGAAAGUCUAGGUGGAUUUGGCAAAUUUUGCUCUGUGGUUGCUGCGUUGGGCUUAAUCGCCAAUAUGGUACCGCCUACCUAUUCUUGUGGUAUUGAUUUUCAAAUUCUAGGCCGUUAUCCAGCCAUGGUUCCGAGAUUCUUGUGGAAUACAUUUGGAGUGGUAGUAUUUACCGUCUGCGCACUUGCAGGACGUAAUGAUCUCUCUGAGAUUUUUACCAAUUUUCUAUCCUUGAUGGGAUAUUGGGUUGUACUCUGGAUUGUCAUUACAUUGGAAGAAGAAUUCAUAUUCAGACGUCGUAAGAAUCCUACGUUUCUAUGGAGUGACUGGCAUAAACAAGAGAAAAUGCCGCUGGGAAUUGCGGCAUUGGUGGCGUUUUGUAUAGGAUGGGUAGGAGCCAUUUUGUGUAUGAGUCAAUAUUACUUUAUCGGACCGCUUGCGAAAAUGGUAGGGAGUGAGGGGGGUGAUAUGGGUAACUACGUUGGGUUCGCUUGGGCCGGAUUGGUGUACCCCGUGCUGAGAUGGUGGGAGCUGAGGAAGUUUGGUAGAUAG